AUGGCAUUGGCGAUUGAAUAAUCAAUUGAUUACUCUUACAUUAGGUUACCUUUCGAAGUUAUUGUUAAAUGUAUGUAUAACCUUAGAUUUUAGAAUUUAAGAGUAAAAGAAAAUAAUUAGAACAUGAUCUUACAAUCACCUUAAGUGAAAUUUCUCAUAUUAAUACAUAAGGGAAGGCUGAUUAGGUAAUAGAGAAAAUAAGGGCGAUUUAGAAGGCUUUAUAGGAAAAUUAAGAACAUGAAAAAAAAUAUUUAGAAUCUUAUCUUUAAAGAUUAAAAUGUGAAUAAUGUGGAAAUGAAAUAAAAUUAUAGAGAUCACUUGUUGAUAAUUUAUUAAGAGAAGGUUACUUCAAAACUGCAUAAAAAUUAAUUCAAUCUUACUAAAUCGAUGUAUUAUUAAAAAUAUUAUAAAAGAACCUAACAUCUUUUGAAUAAGAAAUUAUUAUAGAGGCUAAUACAAUAAUUUAAGAUUUGAAAAGUAAAUCUAUCAAGUUUGCUUAUAAAUGGUGCUCACAAAAUUCUAGUAAAUACAAAAAAUUCAAUAGCGCAUUUUAAAACGAUUUAGUGUUUUAAUAGUAUAUUGAAUAUUUGAAACAAGAUGUAAAUCUGGCUUUGAAUUAUAUAAGAGACUACCAAAUUCAUAUGAAUGAAGAGAGCAUUUUAAAAGCUAUGGGAUGUUUAAUAUUUAUAAAAGAAAAGAGUAUACCUUCUACCUACUAAUAGUAUUUUGAUGAUAAACGAUGGGAUAUGUUAAUUAGAUAAUUUAAAUAAGAAUUAUAUAAUAUUUAUUGUUAUCCAAAGGAAUCUCCUUUAUUAAGCUGUAUAAAAUGUGGAAUUACUACACUAAAAACAUAAUAUUGUGAUUAAACAAAUUACUAAUAAAUGAAUAGAUGUCCUAUUUGUAAUAAAUAAAUGCAAGAAUUAUCAAAGGACUUGCUAACAACAUAAAAAUUAGGAUCAACUUGGAUUUGCAGAAUUUCAGGAGAACUUAUGGAUGAAAAUAAUCCACCUAUGAUGUUACCUAAUAAUUAAGUUUACAGUUAAUAAUCAUUAUUACAGAUGAGUGAAUAGUAGAAUGGAUAUGUUUAUUGUAUAGUAACAAAAUAGACAUUUAAAAUAAAUGAAUGCGUUAGAGUAUUUUUAACUUGA